GAAGCAGGAUCUGCGCCAAACGCUGCUUUGCCCAGUUUCAUAGUAGAGAAGUCUACGUCUUGUGAUCCACGUGCAGGGAGGCGCCUCGGACCAGGCGGAGCUACACGCAGCAGUGGAGCAGGCGCGGGCGGUGGAGGGUCAGGUGGUGGACGAUAUGGUGGAUCGAUGGACGACCCACGACGUGAUCAGAGCCUACGCCACAAUGGCGAUGGGCGCGCACGCCACCCCAUUCAUUCGCUCAGUAAAAGAUGAAAACGCAGGAACGUGGUCCUGGGUUGCUGACCUUGACGUGGACACAUCUAGGCUCAUCCCUCUAGACGAUUUCGAUUCUGUGGAACAGUUUUUGGACACUCCAGAAUCCGCAAUCCCUGCAGAAAUUGGCGUUGGUCAAUUGCAGCUUCAGCCCUCAGAUUGCUUCCUCAAGAAUGACACUUUGGUAAGUUGCUACUACGCUGCGCAGCGCCCCGGAGUGGUGUUUGCAGUACGUCAUGAUGCUAAGAGUACUUUUGGUAAUGAAAAGACGAAGCUUUUUGGAGCUUUCGGUACCAAGGAAGAGGCUCAACAGGAUGCGAUGAAGAAAGCAUCUUUCAAACGGCUGCUUCUGAAUCAGUGUCAGGAAGAGUUUGAGCGAAAUGUUCGUAGCUCGGGUGGUGCGGCGGCUCUCGAAGCCGCAGCUCGUGAGGCAAAGGAGAAAGCGAAAGAGGACGUCGUCGAAGCGAUCCGCCUUGCUGCUGAACAAGGUGUACCUCCGAUAGAAACACCUGAUGAACUCGAACUUGAAGUGUGGGUUAUGAAACUCAAGCGACGGAUGUUGGGCAACGUGAAAUUCAUUGGUGAACUCUUCAAGCAGCAACUUCUCAAAGAGAAAAUCAUGCAUGAGUGUGUCAAGCUGCUCUUGGGGUCGGUCGAUGACCCGAGCACAGUGCCUGAUGAUGAAUCCAUCGAAGCCGCUGCGAAGCUUUUCCUCACCAUUGGAAAACAGCUUGAAUCUCCUGCUGCAUCAAGAGCAAAGCUUGAUACGUAUUGCAAGCGAUUGAGUAUUUUGUCUCAUGACCAAAAAAGGCUUGCUGCGCGCACUCGAUUCAUGAUCCAAGACCUCCUUGAAUGUCGCAAGAAUGGUUGGAAGGAGCGACACGCCAAGGAUGGGCCCCAUAAGCUCGGCACCUCGAAGAAUAAUGCAGCAGCACAACACCAAGUCAAGAAUGACACUCAAUACCGACGCGAUCAGGAGCGAAAUAUGGCUCGGGAGCGACAACGCCAGGUUGUCCAGCACCAUCAACAUAACCAGGGGCAUCGAACACCUAGUACAAUCAACACUUCGCAAGAUGCACGCCAGACGCGACACACCCCGCCAUCAACUGUGCGCAUCCUUGCCCGUGACCAAUCCUCGCAGACGGCUACCAAGAUUGGCGGUGGUAUCAAAAACAAGGACUCUGUGACACAUUUAUCCUGGACCGAUGAACGAGUUAAAAAUCGUGCCCGGUCUGCACUCGACGAACAUGCUGAGCUUGGUGAUGCUGAUGAGCUCAUUGCCUCCCUUGAUGAGGUCCCCCAAUCUAACAGAGGAUACAAACAGGCCUUCGAGCUUGCUGUUGGACGCAUAGUUGAAGGCAAAGACGUAGAACGAACGACGGCUCUCGAAGCGGUGCGCGCUCUUGUCGUCAAAACACGACUGAAACCAAAUGACGUCACUGAAGCUCUUCUUGAGACCCUCGAGUUCCUACCUGAUAUUGCUAUUGAUUCACCCAAGGCCGUGAACCACGUGUCUGAGCUUCUAGCUACUCUUCUGAAGUUGCACUUGUUGGACUGCGACUGGCUAACACAAGACUUGGGCAGAAAGAUAGGCGACCCGGCUAAUCAUCAUGUGCCAGAGCGAACAGCGCUCUUCGGCCAACUUGCAUCACACUUCUCCAGCGACUCCGAAUUUUCCCAGCUCGAGGAUCAUUUCAAGCAAUUUGCGUAAAUUGUCGGAUCUACCAUUGUAUUAAGUUAGGAACUUCACGAGUAAGGCUGUAUCCAAGUAUAUUCAGAUGAGUUUGGCGCGGCGGAAUGGCAUCGUCGAAUAACAACCCCCAGCUGCUUUUUUAGGGUUUCGGUCCAUAGUAGCCUUCCGGAUUUAGCCGCUAGUGUGAAAAGGCUUCAUGCCGAGCCCUGGAGCACCUGCGCGCUCUGUCACGUUCGAUCUCCGAGCUGGCUAAAGGUAGCAAGGAGCAUGGGAAGAGGAAGGCACAGCUGCGUCUGGGAUCAAGCAUCGGUGCUUAGCGAGCCCCGAGUCCCCCCAGGCCCCCGCCCCUUCGGCACGCGGGAUGCUGACAACCCCGGGUACUGGCCAGGCAGCCCCCCGCCCCC